GCUGGCAAAAAUAAUUUUUACUAGUGGCCCUUGAUAAAUCUAGUGCCUUAAGAAAAAAGAUGGGGUUUGGAAAUGACCUGAAGUAUUCUCAUGAAGCUUUGCAGAAACUGCAAGAUUGGGAAUUACGGCUAUUGGAAACAGUGAAGAAAUUUAUGGCGAUGAGAAUAAAAAGUGACAAAGAAUACGCAUCCACUUUACAGAAUCUUUGCAAUCAAGUUGAUAAAGAGAGUACGUCACAACUCGAUUAUGUCAGUAAUGUAGCAAAGUCAUGGUUGCUUAUUGUGCAACAAACAGAACAGCUUAGCAAGAUCAUGAAGACACAUGCAGAAGACUUGAAUGCUGGGCCAUUACAUAGACUUACUGUGAUGAUUAAAGACAAACAACAGAUAAAGAAAAGCUAUGUAGGUGUUCACCAGCAAAUUGAGGCAGAGAUGUUCAAGGUUACAAAAACUGAAUUGGAAAAAUUAAAAUGUAGUUAUAGACAAUUAAUUAAAGAAGUAAACUCUGCCAAAGAAAAAUACAAGGAAGCAUUAACUAAAGGCAAGGAAACUGAAAAAGCCAAAGAUCGUUAUGAUAAAGCCACAAUGAAACUUCACAUGUUGCACAAUCAAUACGUGUUGGCAUUGAAAGGAGCACAGUUACAUCAGCACCAGUAUUAUGAUGCUACACUUCCUUUAUUCCUUGACUCUUUACAGAAGAUGCAAGAAGAAAUGAUUAAAGGACUGAAAGGAAUCUUAGAAGAAUACAGUCAGAUCACCAGCCUUGUGACAGAAGAACUAGUGAACGUUCAUAAAGAGAUCCAGAUAUCUGUUGAACAAUUAGACCCUGGUUCAGAGUACAGUAGUUUCAUAGAAACCCACAGGACAUCAGAUAUUGAACAACAAGAAAUUGAAUUUGAUACAUCAUUAUUAGAAGAAAAUGAAAAUCUUCAAGCUAAUGAGAUUAUGUGGAAUAAUUUGACAGCUGAAGGUUUACAAACUAUGUUGAAAACUGUAGUAGAAGAACUGAUUCAGACACAGCAGACACUUCUAAAUAAGGAGGAAUUAGUUCUGGAAUUAGAAAAGAAGAUAGAAGAGUCUUCUAAGAUCUAUGAAAAAAAAUCUGACAUUGUGCUUCUGUUAAGCCAGAAGCAAGCCCUUGAAGAAUUAAAGCAAACUGUUCAGCAGCUAAAAUGCACUGAAGUCAAAUUUGUAGCCCAGAAGGAACUUCUUCAACAAAAAGUGCAAGAAAAUGAUGGAAAAGAGCCCCCACCUGUUGUCAAUUAUGAGGAGGAUGCCAGAUCAGUCUCUUCCAUGGAUAAAAAAGAUAAAGUUUCCAGGUUUGAUACUAUCCGACAUUCCAUUGCUGGUAUGAUAAGAUCCCCAAAGUCUAUGUUAGGCUCUUCAUCAAUAAGUGGGCAGUUUUUUGAUGUAAUAUCAGCGAGUGAAAAACCCCUGGCAGAACAAGAUUGGUAUCAUGGGGCAAUUCCAAGAAUAGAAGCUCAAGAGCUAUUAAAACAGCAAGGGGACUUUUUGGUGCGAGAGAGCCAUGGGAAGCCUGGUGAAUAUGUCCUUUCUGUGUUUUCUGAUGGACAACGGAGACAUUUUAUCAUUCAAUAUGCUGAUAAUCAAUACAGAUUUGAAGGAACAGGAUUUUCAACAAUUCCUCAGCUUAUAGAAUAUCAUUAUACAACAAAACAUGUGAUUACAAAGAAAUCAGGCGUUAUUCUUCUGAAUCCUGUUGUUAAGGAUAAAAAAUGGAUUCUCAAUCAUGAAGACGUCAUUCUGGGAGAACUACUUGGCAAAGGUAACUUUGGUGAAGUCUAUAAAGGAACAUUAAAAGAUAAAACACCUGUUGCUGUAAAAACAUGUAAAGAAGAUCUUCCUCAAGAACUAAAAAUAAAAUUUUUAUCAGAGGCCAGAAUACUCAAACAAUAUGACCAUCCCAAUAUCGUAAAGCUUAUAGGAGUAUGUACUCAAAGGCAGCCUAUUUAUAUUGUGAUGGAGCUUGUUCCAGGAGGUGAUUUUCUUUCCUUUUUAAGAAAGAAAAAGGAUGAGCUAAAAACCAAACAGUUGGUGAAAUUCUCAUUAGAUGUUGCUGCUGGGAUGGCGUAUCUUGAAUCCAAAAACUGUAUACACAGGGACCUUGCUGCAAGAAACUGUCUAGUAGGUGAAAAUAAUGUUCUCAAAAUUAGUGACUUUGGGAUGUCUCGUCAAGAAGAUGACGGAGUAUAUUCAUCUUCAGGAUUAAAGCAAAUUCCAAUUAAAUGGACUGCCCCAGAGGCCUUGAACUAUGGACGGUACACCUCUGAGAGCGAUAUAUGGAGCUAUGGAAUUUUCCUCUGGGAGACUUUCAGCUUAGGCGUAUGCCCGUAUCCAGGCAUGACUAAUCAGCAAGCACGGGAACAAGUAGAGAAAGGCUAUCGAAUGUCAGCACCUCAGAAGUGUCCAGAAGAUAUCUAUAAAAUAAUGCAACGGUGUUGGGAUUACAAUCCUGAAAUGAGACCAAAAUUCAGCGAGAUUCACAAAGAGCUGUCUGCACUGAAAAAGAAGGUGACAUCAUGAGAAAUUAGUAGGACUCAAUAAACAGGACUUCCUUUUUUGUAGAAAAGUAUUAUUUUUCCUGUCACAAAUCCGACACAUUUAUAUCACAUUUCUUCUGAUAUUCUUCUUGGAUUCCUUUUUUAAAUAAUAAUAAAAAAACUGCUCUAUUCAAGUGUGCCCAACCUGAAGAAUGUCAAAAUAUCUAUGAUAAAAAAAGAGUGUUCUGCAAAGUGCUUUUUAUGCUGUCAUUUAGAUUUUGUGUAAAUAGAUAAACAUGUAAUAUAUGUGUAGAGUUAGGAAAUUCUGGCUCAUUUAGAUAUUUCUGUGAUAAAUCCCAAAGAAUAUUUUGGGCCCUUUGUUUCUCCUUUUCAAUCCAUGCACUUGCAACAGUCUUAGUGUAAGCCCAGUGGUUCAUGAAUCAUUCCCAUGAAUUUUAAAGCUAAAGGCACAGUUUUCAAUGUAUCUUUUAAGGAAAGGAACACACACAUGCAAAAUCACCAGCUGAUGCAAUACUGAAUAUGUGUUUAUUCAAGAGCGUUAUGUAAGGAUAUGCUUGUGGAAUGCGGAGUUUGGGCACAUGUUUUUAAAAGACAUUUCAAUAUAGUAAUUAUUUCUAAUAUUGGAUAUUAUUUAUUUGCAUCUU